AAACCCUGACGUCACAGGUGGCUGGAUGAGCCUCCCUGCAGUGCUUUACUCAGCAGCAUCAGUUUUGGAAUUGAAAGUGGAAGGAGGCGGCAGCGGCGGUGGCACGAAGGCACCAGGUGUGCCUGAAGAGUGAUAGGAGGAGAGGAGGAACGGCAAAUACAUGAGUUGGAGCAGCGGCGCGGGGAAUGUGAUGUGAGGAGAGGAGCGGAGGAGUCAGAAUGAGCGUGUUAAGAUCAGACACACCAGGAGCUUCAAGAAGGAGAUUAUCUUCCUAUAACCCUCUGGAACUGGAUGGACAACAUGGUGCAGCAGGGCAACUAAAACUUCUGAUUUCUCUUUGCAUAAAUUCAUGAGGGUAGACUGCUUGACCAUGGCUGGUAAGCAAGGGAGACAAUGGAGGUCCAUGUGCAAAGGCCUCAUCUUAGGAACGCUUCUAACCAGCUGUAUGAUCCUGCUUUACUGCCUCUCCACCCAGCAGAUCCACUUCAACCUACCUGAGAUCCCAGUGCCUUACUCCUGUGCCCACCGUCCAUCCCAUCUUCACCCUAAAGCAUCCUCCAACACGUCACAACAAACCUCCGGCCAGCCGUGCGCUCCGAAGGUGGACAUAAUGUUCAUGAAGACCCACAAAACGGCCAGCAGCACCUUCCUCAACAUACUGUUCCGCUUUGGAGAGAAACACCGUCUUCAGUUUGCUUUUCCUGACAGCAGAAACGACUUCUUCUAUCCAUCCCUUUUCCAACGCUCCCAGGUCAAAGACUACAAACCUGGAAUGUGCUUCAACAUAAUCUGUAAUCACAUGCGGUUCAACGCUCCGGAAGUUUCUAAGCUACUUCCUUUAGACACGUCCUACAUCACCAUUCUGAGAGACCCGGCAGACCUCUUCGAGUCGUCAUUCCACUAUUUUGGCCGCCUGGUGCCUUUCACCUGGAAGAUACCGGGUGACGACAAGCUGACGGAGUUCCUGCUUGACCCCCACAGAUACUUUGAUCCGGAGGGUUUCAACUCCUUCUACCUCAAGAACCUGCUGUUCUUUGACUUUGGACAGGACAACACCCUGGAGCUGGAGGACCCGAGGGUAGACGAGGCAAUCCGAUUCCUCUCAGAGCGUUUCCAUCUGGUCAUGUUGGUGGAACACUUUGAGGAAUCGCUGAUCCUGCUCAAAGAUGCUCUCUGCUGGGAGAUGGACGACUUGCUCUUCUUCAAGCUCAAUGCCCGCAAGGGAUCCACUGUGUCCAAGCUUACCCCUGAGCUGAGGGCCAGGGCUCUUGAGUGGAACGCCAUUGACUGGAAGCUAUACCAGCACUUCAACCAAACAUUUUGGAAGAAAGUAGACGCCUAUGGACGGCAGCGUAUGGCCGAGGAUGUGGCAGAACUCAAGAGACGGAACAGAGAGAUGGCGUCGAUCUGCAUCGAGGGAGGCCGCGCGGUGGAAGCCGGCAGCAUUCAGGAGACAGACAUGCAGCCCUGGCAGCCGAUAGGAGAAAAGUCUAUCAUGGGCUAUAACUUAAAGAAGAACGUGGACAAAGCACAUCAGAAGCUGUGCCGUAAGAUGUUGAUGCCAGAGAUUCAGUACCUGACAGAGCUGGGGGUGAACCUGUGGAUCACCAAGCUGUGGGGCUACAUUCGAGACAUCAUUAACUGGUGAUCAAACGUAACAGACUGUAUUAAAAGAAGAAGAACAAUGUAGUUGACAGAUGGGUGACUGAUGGGUGACAGAUGGGUGCUUUAAAAAAAAAGUGUUGACUUCACAAUCUUCUGAAUACUGAACACGUUAUAUGAGAGCAGGUAAAACUUGGUGGUGUUCUCUGUGAGUCAGUUCUCCAGCAUACACAAGUCUCUGGUCCAAACUGUGAGUGGAUGAGUACACAACAAAGUCGCUGAUCUCCCUGAUGAAGUCAUAACUGUUGCCAUACCCUCCAAAUCUUAAAGGAAACAUGAAAAGAACUGUAAGCAACUUUUAAACUUGGAACCCCUCUUUCUUGUCGAAAAUGUUUAACUUGUAUGAAAAUGAUUCUGAAUGAUGAGUAAAAGUGUGAAAACAGUGAAUGUACUAGUAUUACAUCCUACAUCCUAGUAUUACAUUGUUGCUUAUAAAAGGCAAAACUGGCCAAAUGUUGAACAGACCAAACAUCGCAGAGAAACAGUCAACAUAUCUGAAACAUGAUGAGCGAUGAAAAGCACUUCACUAUUGAAAUAAGCCCCUGCCAGGCUAUAAAACAAAAUACAAUUUUAAUUAUUAGUAA